AUGACGGUGACCUACACAGCCCGGGUGGCCAACGCGCGUUUCGGCGGUUUCUCGCAGCUGCUGCUGCUGUGGCGGGGCAGCAUCUACAAGCUGCUCUAUCGGGAGGUGCUGGCUUUCCUCUUGCUCUACGUGGGGCUCAGCGUCACUUAUCGCUUUGUCCUGUCAGAGGCCCAGAAGCGGUACUUCGAAAAGCUGGCCAUCUACUGCGACAACUAUGCCAACCUCAUUCCUGUCUCCUUUGUCCUGGGUUUCUAUGUGACGCUGGUGGUGAAUCGCUGGUGGAACCAAUACACCUGCAUGCCCCUGCCUGACCCGCUCAUGUGUGCCAUCUCUGGCACAGUGCAUGGGCACGAUGAGCGGGGGCGUCUGUACCGCCGGACCCUGAUGCGAUAUGCCAGCCUCUCCGCCGUACUCAUCCUCCGCUCCGUCAGCACUGCCGUCUUCAAACGUUUCCCCACCAUCGACCACGUGGUGGAGGCUGGAUUCAUGACCCGCGAGGAGCGAAAGAAAUACGAGAACCUGAACUCCUCAUACAACAAGUACUGGAUCCCAUGCGUCUGGUUCAGCAAUUUGGCUGCACAGGCCCGCAAGGAGGGCCGGAUCCGGGACAACAGCGCUCUCAAGCUGCUCAUGGAGGAGCUGAAUGGUUUCCGAGGGAAGUGCGGCAUGCUCUUCCAUUACGACUGGAUCAGUGUCCCUCUGGUCUACACCCAGGUAGUGACCAUCGCCGUGUACAGCUUCUUCUUGGCCUGUCUGAUUGGGCGCCAGUUCCUGGAUCCCACCCGCGGGUACCGAGGGCAUGACCUGGACCUCUGUGUACCCGUCUUCACCCUGCUCCAAUUCUUCUUCUAUGUGGGCUGGCUCAAGGUGGCUGAGCAGCUGAUCAACCCUUUCGGAGAGGAUGACGAUGACUUUGAGACUAACUUUCUGAUUGACCGGAAUUUCCAGGUGUCCAUGCUGGCAGUAGAUGAGAUGUAUGAUGACCUCCCGAUGCUCGAGAAGGAUCGGUACUGGGAUGCUGCCAAUGCCCGUGCCCCCUACACGGCUGCCACACUCUUUCUGCUCCACCAGCCCUCCUUCCAGGGUUCCACUUUCGAUAUCACGCUGCCCAAGGAGGACAUGCAGAUCCAGCGGCUGGAGGACAUCACCGAGCGCAUGGAGGAAGGGCAGCAGGAGCCUGGAGACCUGCUGCACCGCCUGCUGCCCGCCGGCCCCGCCCCCGGCUACUUCAGUCGCCGCCUCUCGCUGCUGCGCCGGAAGAACAGCUGUGUCUCUGAAGCCUCCACCACCUACAGUUGCCUCUGCCCUGAUGGUUCUGUCCCAGAUUGUGCCUGUGGACCGUUGGGCCCCCAGGACCACAGGGAAGGGGGUGCCAGCUGCGAAGGGGGUGAAGACGAGGCCCUCGCCGACGUGGGUGCCGCCAGCCCGCGAGCCCGACAGGGGGACCCAGACCAUGACCCCCACUGCUUCCUUGACUCCCCUCAUCAUCCUCAGAAGGAGCUUGGGGCUGGGGAACCCUCAGUGGCUAUCUCCAUGCCCACACCUCGGGGAGAAUCUGCAGUGAAAGGCGGGACUGGGCCAGUUCCACUCUGGCUACAGAGCCCCAUUGGAGAAGAGGAGGAGAGCCUGGCCUGAGUACCCUACUGGCACCAUUUGCCUGACCAUGUGGCCUUCAGUCCCCGUGUCUCAGCUGGAGAUGGGGGUGGCGGGGCCCAGUUGGGGGCCCGUGACGUCUAGAUGGAGGUAGUCCCGGGCCAGUUCAGACCUUCCAUCCAUCGCCCACUGAAGGGGCUGGGGGAGGACGCGCACAGAAUAGGUACCCAAUGGCAGACUUCUCAGUUUCUUGUGCCCACCCCAGAGACCUGAUGGGCAUCUUAUUCAGAGCCACGCAGUCAGCCUUGGCUGAGCCCCUUCCUGUCUUA